AAUAAAAUAUAAAAAAUAUAUUUAAAAUUAAAAAAUUCUAAUAAAUUUUAUUAAUUCAUAUAAAUCAGAUUUAUAUUCUGAUAAUAGUCCUUUUGUUUAUUACACUUUUUUUGUAAAGUGUGUGCUUCGCUUUGUGCUUUAAGCCCAAAGACAACAGUUUUUUGCGCCUCACGCUUUUGACAACUAUGGUUGUUUCUAGUUUCUCCACUUGUAGGUGUCACUCUUGCUGAUUUCUCAACUAGCACUUGAAGGGUUUUACCAUUAAGCGGAUACUGUUUUAGCAGAUGCAUGAGGAAUGCUGUUGUGAGGAAACAUAUUCUUCAACAUCCAUCAACCUUUGGGUUGUGAAGAGAGCAAGAUCUGCAUCUGAUGGUAGACAUUCUGAUGAUGACUUGCCUGCCGUAGGUGGCAAGCGAUCAGUGAGAGAAAGGUUGGAAAGCAACAUAACCAAUUCCAAUUCAUAUGGCAGCCAUUACCAAGACAAACGUCAAAGGACAGGACACAAUGAAAGAUUCAUUGAUAGGAGUGUGAGGGGCAAGCAAAUAGAAUCUGAUGUUCCUUCAAAUGUUGGCAAAGAUGAUCUGAGAUGGAAGCUUAUAAAGAAAAGCUUAUCUCGGAGAGGGCAUCUUGUUUCCGAAAGACGUGAUGUUGAUCUGCGUGAAAGGCUAUCUCGGAGUAUACAUAAUUCGAGCAGAUCUAAUGCUAGACAACAACCAAAAGAAUCAAGUGCCUCUAGCCUUGGGAGAAGAAUACCUUCUGCAAGAAGUGCAGAUGAUUUGCUCAAAUUGGAUUCACAUAGAAAGUCUUAUUCGGUAGCUUUGGAUAAGCCAAGGCAUAAUUCUCCAGAUAGGCUCAUCAGUGUUCCAAGGCAUAUGCCUCACUCAAGAAGAUAUGGGGACCUACAAGAUGCACCUGGGAUUAUAUCUCUAGAUGCAUCUAGACCUAGUUAUUUGACAAAUACUCUAGUAGGUGAAGCUUCUAGAUCUGUUACUUAUAUGAGCAAGACUACCCCUGUAGAUGUAGCAAGGCCUGCAGUUCGAGCUCCUGCACCUGGAGUUAAUGUGCACAGAAGUGAACUUGGGCAUGGGGAACCUCUUUCAGUUGGUGACCUGCUAACAUCACUGGGUCUGGGAAAAUAUGCUAUACUUUUUCAGGCAGAAGAGGUGGAUAUGACAGCAUUAAUGCAGAUGAGAGACAAUGAUCUUAAAGAGAUGGGAAUUCCUAUGGGUCCUCGCAAGAAAAUCUUACUCGCAGUUUUAUCUCAUACAAGACAGCGACGACAAUAACAACUACAGCGUUGAUGUAAAAGGGCAUCAGAGGCCAUCGACCAUGUUGUUUGUUAUGGCAGUUGAGCAUUAAGCUUUGGAAUUCUGAACUAUACUUAUUUUUUAAAUUCUCUGAAAUUAGUUCUUAACGGAUGAGAUUACUCAUCCAUCUUCAAUUGAAUUCCCGAGCUUGUUCAAAGUUGUAUUGAGCGUAGUAUCUACUAUGCAAGGUAAUUUUUUGUAUCUUAUAUAUCAAAAUUAUUUACCAGGGGAUUAGUGAUAUGCGGAUGUGAUGA